GCCUACACAGUUUUUCUAUUGACUUUGCCUCUAGUCCGACUUCUUAUCCCGACAGGCGCCUCAUAAGUACGUAGGUAUGCUAGGUAUGCCUCAUCCCUACGGUAUCUAGCCACUCCGCUGCACGCGUGCUUAUGCUGGGGAUUGGGGACUAGAGCCCCGUGAGAGUCGCCCGCAGCCUCGCCACGGAACCCGCUACUUAUGGCGCCGCGAGAUAAUGAUAUGCGCCAAAGACUGAUCCAUUCCCUGCGCGUCCGAUCUCAGUCGCUCGAAUCGUUGUUACUAAGCUUGCAAAGGAGUAGAGCUGACCUUCAAUGCCCGACGGCAAUGCAAGAGUGUGCUUAUUGUCGCGGUUCACACGCGGUUGGAAGUUAUACUCGCUGCGAUCUGGAUACAUCGAGCGAUAGCCCCGAUCGUUCCCGAUGCUGGAUAGAGUUGCAGCCUUGUCAUCGUUUGAAAGAAUUUGGAAGCUCACAUAUUCGUUCUUCAGCGUCACAAAUUGAUCCAUCUAACCCAUCACUCAAUGCUAGUAUGUGGAGAAAUGCUGAGAUCCCAGACGCAAAUACUCGCACUAUUGCCCUUGAUUAUAUUCACGAGGAAAUCAAGAGUGUGCACAGCAUUGGUCUCUGUGAAUUAAGAAUGCGCAACUUAGCCACGAAAGUCCUGACUAUCAUCAGGAGCUGGUUGGCGCGGAAACGAUUUCAAAAGCUUAUAGAUAUGAACGUGGCCAUUAAACAAUUACAGUGCAGGGAAAUAUUAAAGGCCGUAUCUCAGCCUUGUGUCCGCUUUUGUGAGCUGGACCGAAGUAUCACUAGAAUCAGACGCCGAUAUUCACGGAAGUUUCUGUAUACGUGCUGGCUUGCGCUUGGAACGGAGUUACAUGAAUCAUCCUAUUCCGGUGACAGGGGGCACCGAUAUAACAAGACCAAGGUCCCACCUAAUCAAGUAAUCUGCUCAAAGAUUCUUGCUAAAAAGAAAAGUCUAUUCAAAAAGUGGCGCUCGUUGGUGUUCUCACAAACCAACUUAUGUGGCUAUCCGGAAUUGGCCGACACUAAAUAUCUGGCCUAUCAGACUUCUGUUGAGCCUCGAUGUAGUAUCGACUCGGUAGCUGAUCGUGUUGCUCAGAUGGCGAGCUUGGUAUGCAGAGCCAUGCAUUUUACUGAAAUAUCUUUAGCUGAGGUCGCUCGUAAUCUAGCCAUUGCCAGGCGCUGUUUGAGUGUUGAUACUGGUUUCUUGAAGAACUCUUUUGUGUCGUGGGCUGGAUGGGUCAAAAGUUUGUCUGAAGGCCGUUUGAUACUAAGGGUUCCUUUAACAGCACCGGCUCAGGGAACAAAAGCGUCAUUGGAAACACGCUUCAGGGCCCCUCAUGACUUCCAAACAGCGGCUAGGAUAUCACGCUCCUUUCAGUUACUUAGAUAUACCGAUGCCUGGCGCUCACGCGCCGCCCUUUUGGGUAGUAUCACUAAAAAACAACGGAUGUUACUUACAGAUCAUCUUCGUCUUCAAUUGUCAGCUUGGAAUAUUUAUGCAGCUCAGCUCAAAGCAGCACGUCAGGUGGCUCUUGAUCGAUGGUGCGCACACGUUGCAAGAGAAACUUCCGGUCCUCUGCGAGCAUGGUACCUCUGGGCAAAUAUGCGAAGAACACGCCACCAAGAUUCUAACCGCCUAGUUGCCAUGUUUGCUCGUCUAAAAUGCCGACACAGUGCAGCGACAGCAUUGCGCGCCUGGAGACAUGCCGCUCAGUUUAAUCAUUUUGAGGCCCGAUACACACGCAGGGAACUUAUUGCGGCGCUUUCUGAACAGAAAGGUCAUAUCCGACGAUUAGAAAAAUGUGUAGAUGACCAUUAUAUUGUUCGUGGAGAACUCGAACAUGUGGUAAAAGAUGCACAUGAGCGUGCAGCAAGGCUUGCGCGACUGUUGCCUGACCGCGAUGCUAAGUGUAAACAGCUUGAAGAGAAUCUUCAAACUGUGGAAGUGCGUGUCGCCUCGGCUCAGCGUUAUGUCUCCGCUGUGGAGGUUGUCCGCUCUGCACUCACUCAAAGCAUAUUACAGAUGCAACCAGGAGUUGGAUUUAUAGACAGAGACCUGGCUACGUUUGCACACGACCAUGGUAUUAGACUUGAAGUGGAGAUGAUCCAUCCCAACAUGGGGUUUUGUCAGAACGUCCUAAGCCCUCCCCCAACUGUAUGUUGUAAAUGUACUAACGCAAACGCAUCGACUGGUACCCUUCAUCUUGCGCCAGAGAACGCUGGUAAUUCAACGGCACCAUUGGAACCUCAAGAUGAUAAAGUUCCACAUGGAAUGGUGUUAAUUUGCCCUCCGAAUAGGUCGGGAGGAAUUUUGCUGUGCCGACAUGAGGGAGACGACUUGCAUUCAUCGACUGAAAGAAGUGUCAUGUCGUCCGACAGCACCGAUGUCAUCAAAGUAGAACUUGCAGCGCGCGUAGGUUGGCUCGUAAAUUUGACACGUCAAUCCUCUCCUUUGGUUGAUUUCCGUCGAUUGUCCCAUAUAGGUGGCGCGCCCUUAACUACCAGUCACGAGGCUAGUCAAGAAAUCAGUCAUGACACUACAGGACUGUUUAAUGUGCCCAGAAAACUGAUGCAUGAAGCCGCACUCCUCCUUAUACAUACCUUCCGAGAGAUGCAAGGAAUCUUUGAGUUUUUGCGUGAAGGAAAUACUUCAGCACUCUCUUCUCGUUUGCUGGCCUCAUGGGGCAAGUUCUGUGCUCUCACAAUGCGAAAGCCCGUGAGAGAGAGGAGAAAAAUAACAACUAGUGCAUAUACUUGGGCAGACUUGACGUGGCAGCUAAAUGGACAAAGGCAGCACGGAGAACAGAAUACGUCCCCAACUUUCGAAGUUCAGACCGGUACAUCGCAUUAUCAUUUGAAAGUAUUGCAUGUUCCCCUCUACAGCGGUCGUAUGCGAUGGACUCGUUGCAACGACAUCACCAAACGGACGCCCCCCCAAGCUCGCCCAUUGCCAGUGGAUUUUUUUUUGGGGGCUGGGGCCCGGGGGGAAAUCCGGGGGGCAGGGGAGAGGGAUAUUUAA